UUAUUUUCAGUUGAUUUUGUCUGCUUUUUUUACCCGUUAAUUCGAUUAAAUAUUGACUAUCAUUUUGUUAACCAAUUUACAAUUUAAUCAACGUAACCUUUAUCUUAAACAUUUUAAUUUUCUUUUAAAUUCUAAUUGAAAGAAAAGUAGCCUUAUGCUGGUUUCUUGGUUUAACAAUCGUUUGUGAGCUGAUUUUUGCUGGUCAUAAUCUCUUUAAUUGGUGUUGAUUAAUUUCAUUACCUCCACAUUUUGGGUACUUGAUCGCUUUUAAUCUUCAAUAAGCUACGUUCAUUCUUCAUAAUUACAAUUGUGAACUGUUGUAACCACAAUUUAAAGAUUUAAGUUUAAUUUUAUCCAUUAUUUUACUUAAAAUACUUGUAAACAACAGUGAAGAAAACAAAAAUGAAGCAAAGUGGUCUUCAGAGAGCCAGGCAAAGUACAAGAAAGAAAAUUAAAAAAUCUUUAGGCCCUGAUUUUUUGGAUCCUUCUAAUCUUGGUUUACAUGGGAAAGAAGCACAAUCCGAUGUUCGAUGUGACAUUUGCCAAGAUGGUUUACCAAGUGGCUCUAGAAGAGAUUCUAUUACAUGCAGAAAAUGCCCUGUCCAAGCUCAUGCAAGCUGUAUUAGAGCUCAACUGAAUGUAAAAUAUAUAAAAUCUUUAUGGCUGUGCCUUAAUUGUAGACACUGUUACGAAUGUGAUGAGUCUGGAGUUGACCAGAGCGAGCUCAUAUUUUGCCGAACGUGUGAUUUGUCCUAUCAUUAUGAAUGCAUAAGAUCUAUUUCAUCUUCGGGAGGAAAAUGGAUUUGUCUACAAUGUAAAAAACCCCAGUUACCAAUAUCACGGUUCCAUGGUUUUCGUCAAAAUAGAGUUGCGAAAACUCUUAAUAAAAGUCACUCUGAAGAUAAAUCACCCGAUAUAACAACUUCUCAUCCUUCAUCAUCAUCAUCCACACCAUCAACAUCAAGAGCCUCGUUAAGUGUUAAAAAAGAGUUGAUAACUGAAAAACAGAAGCCCAGUAACAAUGAAAAAACUUCAAAUAAUGAGCGAUCCUUACGUUCAGAUCAAACUGAACGUCCGACACGCUCAGAAAGACCUGAGCGUUCUGUGAAUGCCAAUUCUAAUAGUUCUAGAAGACAAGAAAAAACAGAAACACCAGAGCGUCAAGAAAAGACAGAGAAAACAGAUCAACCUGAACGCCCAAUGAAUAUUCAAACAGUUAAAAGGUCAUUUACAAGAUGGGUCAUCAGACCCCGUCAUGUGGAACCCCCACCUAAACCUAAACCUGGAAGUGAUGAUAUUAAUUCUGUGAAAACGCCUCAACGUCCUGCAAGCAUAGAUCCGAUGAGUUCCAAACGACCUGAGCGUCCUGCGAAUAUUGAUCAAAUUGGUCCAAAGAAACCUGGAUGUCCCAUAAACAUUGACUCAGCAGGCUCUAAACGACCAGAGCGCUCCAUGAGCAUGGAUUCAACGGUUGUUAAACGUUCUAUGCCCAUUGAGGCAGUUAGCACAAAACUCCUUGAAAUUGAUGAUCCAUUUGCAAAAAGGCCUGAACGUCCCGCAAGUAUUGAUCGGAUGAGUUCCAAGCGACCUAUGAAUAUUGACGCUAAAAGGCAUAAUGAACGCUCUCCAAGUAUCGAUUCAACUAGUUCAAAGAGACUUGAACGUCCUAUAAGCAUUGAAUCAGCCAACUCUAAAAAGCCAGAACGUCCUUUGAGCAUGGGUUCAAUAGGUGCCAAGCGACCUGAUCGUCCCAUAAAUACUGACUCGACUGGUUCCAAGCGACCUGAUCGUCCUAUGAGCAUUGAAACGAUUGGACCUAAGAGACCUGAACGCCCGAUAACCAUUGAUUCAACUGGGGCCAAGCGAAUUGAACGCCCUCUUAGCAUUGAUUCAAUCAAUUCUAGGCGUGAAAUGAGCAUUGAAUCAGUGAGCACAAAACGGCCAAUGAAUAUUGAAUUAGUUAGCUCUAAGCGUCCCAUGAGAGUUAAUCAAGUCGUAAAUGAUAAUCGAAGUAGCAUUGAUCUACCUGAUGUAGAUAUGAUAGAUUCUUUUACCGAAAAACCAUUAGUUAAAGAGGUAAAAGACAAGUAUAUAGAUAGGCCUAGAAUAAUUAGACAUAAAGUUGAGCCUGAGAGGGAAAAUAAUAUGGUCAGAUCUAAAGAGGUGAAAGAUAAAGACGAAAAACAACAAUCGUCAAAUGAAAAUAGAAGGAUGUCAGAAGAGCGAUCUGAAAAUAAUCGUAAUCCCAUGAAUGUUCUUAAAGCCAAUGGUCCAACAAGAGGAAAUGCAUUACUUUCCUUGAAUGAUCUAGGAAAUGGAAAUAAGUCUGAUGGAAUGCAGCCUCCUGUUCCGCCAAAAGUCACUGUAUCCAAAAAAGACGCUAGUGAAAUUCAAGGUACAGGAUUUAUAUUGAGCAAACCAGUAGAACUAACUGAAGAAACUGCUCGACUAUUAAAAGACUCAAAUGGUGCUAAAAGACUUAAACUAGUUCUUUUCGAAAGAGCAUGUAAAGCUGAAAGCUUGUUGCCUGCCGAGACUAAUAUUUGGACAGUUGAAGAUGUUCACAAUUUCAUCAAAUUCAUUGGUUUCCCAGAUGCUGCUGAAAACUUUUCAGAACAUCAAAUCGAUGGUAAAAGUUUACUUCUUCUUAGUCGGAAGGAUGUUAUUACUGGGUUCAAGCUCAAAUUAGGACCUGCUCUUAAAAUUUAUGCUCACAUUUUCCGAUUACAAAGGAAAAGACCAGCUCUCUUGUUGGAAGAACAAUAAGCUUAAUUACUAAGCCAAUAGAAUUGACUCAACCCAUUUCAAUGAAAUCACCACAAAUCAGACAAAGCAUGAUGAUUUGGAGGGAACAAGCGAAGCUACAUUUAGCGAUUCAGGAAUAUCCAUGAAGCCAACUUAAAUAUUUCUUGAAAGCAAAAGGACAGUUUCCAACUCUGUAGUUUGUUCAUUUUGAUUGUUCCAGAUCUGUUUUGGAAGAAAAAUGUUACUUUUAUUAACUCUUUGUAUACGUUGGUAAUUAAGUUACGAUUGCAUCUAUACAUAUAUAUUUAUGUUCUUACUUUUCCCUCUUAAAUGGUACAAAAAAUGUUUUCUCAAUUGAUGAUCCAUUUGAUCCAUUUCUACCUUUCCCUUGAGAAAGACUUUACGUUCCCUUUAAUCGCUUCUCUUUCUUCAAAUAUUCUUUGAUUCCUUACUUUUAUAUUCACACUAUUUCCUUGCUCUUUCUAAUCAAAAGAAAGAAAGAGUAUUUUGUUUUCUCUUCUCAAAUUAACUUGACCGAAGAAGAAAAAGAAUGGAAAAAAUAAUAAUCAAAGUGAAAGUCAAAUCAUGUUUUUAAAAUUUUGACACAAUCUUUGACAAAAAAAACUGCACUUUAUUGCAAGAAGUAAAGUGAGGACUAAACAUUACUAAAUUUUCAUGCUUGGCUCGUCAGAAUCAAUUCCUAUUCACUAUUAAACCAAUAAUCUAAAAGUUAAACUGUCUUACAUUUGAGAUAAUAAUGAAUCAUCAUCAUCAUCAUUAUUAAUAAAUAAAGUUUAAUA